CGCAUUAGGAGUAAACAACAAAAACCAAUAAAUAACAAAUCAGUCAACUGUCUUACGCUAUAAGGUGAAUACAGCUGCUGUUUUGAAAGAGGUUUUUGUCAAAGUAUAUUACGCUCCUCGAAAUUUCUAUGUUUGCACAUGUACGGAUUUAAAUAUACGUUAUAAGACAUGCCUGAGGAAGUAAUUUCCUGUCUUUCCGAUCACAGCCUCUAAAUACAUUUUCAAUGACAACUUUGUUUCAAUCGAAAGAGUGAUUUAAUCAAAUAAAAUGUAAAGUUAUAGAAAAUUUGAAAAUACGAUGGAAAAUAGGAACAAUUCUUCAUUUUCUGAAGAAAAUUCUACUUCGUCUUGGGGAUCAGCAGACAAUGAUGGCGGGCUGUUCUCAAUUACCGAAGAAGCAUAUGAAGAAUUUGCUUUCAUAUCAAAUAUUAUUCUGUCACCAAUAAUAUGUGCAUUUGGAAUAGUCGGAAAUAGUCUUGGGCUUCGAGUGCUUUGGAAAGACACAAGACAACAAAAAUUACCAAUUUACCUGUUUCUGUACAGUUUAACAUGUUUCGAUCUUUUGUACCUUAUAUUCGGAUUGCUGCGUCAUAUCCCCCACAUCAUUGACCUAAUCGACAAACAGCUUGCUAACUAUAUUGAGGAACAUAUGAAACUUGGGACAAUAUAUGUUGACAUGGUGCUGGCUCACACUUCACAUGCACUUAUAGUUGUGAUGUCAAUCGAACGUUUGAAUGCACUCAUGCGUCCAUUUACUGUGAAGAACUCGUGGUUAUCCCGAUAUCCUAAGAGUAUAAUCUUUGUAUGCUUCAUGUUUAAUGUCAUUUUCCUUAUUCCCUAUCCUUUGUAUUUUGAAAUGGGAUCUUACCAGGCAGGAAACAUGACUGAAUAUUAUAUCCAGUUUAAAGAAGAAGCUGUUGAAACUAUGGAUAUGUACAUGCUAGUACAAACAAUUAUUGAUUACGUCAUUCCAGCCAUUGUAAUUCUUAUCAUUAACAUAGCGAUCCCAGUCGUAUAUUCUCGUGCGAUUAGCGAAAGACGCGCAAUUAUUGAUAUGACGUCACAAGGACUCAAUAACCAGCAGACAAAAAUAACGUCAACAGUGUUUUGUAUAACAUUAAUGUACUUCUUGCUAUCAUUGCCCAAUUUGUUCAUCAAAGUUAUGGCGUUCAUUGACAAAGGUUAUAGCUUUGAUGGCAAGUACAAAUUAUCGUUCUGGCUAUUCAUAGACAUAAGCAAUCUCUUUUCGUACAUCAAUGCCGCCAAUGAUAUCAUCAUUUAUAUAUUAGUCUCUGACCAUUAUCGACGGGUUUUUAUUCAGAUGUAUUGCCAUUCACCUUGUUGUCGCCGAUGGCGAAGACACCAUGAUUUAGACAGUGGUGGAGAAAGUAAAGAUAUCUCCCUGUCAACAAUAUCAGAGAGAUAUUAAGCGUAUGUUUGCAAUAGUAAAACAGAACUACAUAAAAAUACAAUUGGUUUUAUCAAGUCGUGAUUUUUAAUGUGACUAAAACAUAAUGCCCCACCCAUCCAACAUUGUCAAGCACACCAUUUCUCGCAGAAAAUCAAUAUGAUGCCAUUAUACUUAAUAUGUGUGAGUACUACUAAUUGGUAAAAAUCAUGUCGUUGAUUUAUAAACUAUACAUGUUUUGCAUCACAAAGUCAUUGUUAACUUUAAAUUUCAAGUAAUUUUGUUGUGAUUAUUACCUCUGAGGGAUCAUCCUUUUAACAACUCGUUUUGCAUCUUUGAUUAAACUGAAACGUAAUGUUGACGGUUUCUUCCCAAUUCAAGUUUAAUUAUAACUUUUCUUUUCAUUACAGAUGUUAUUAUAUGUGCAUUUAAUGUGUUUAAGUUGCUCUUUUCCCUAAAAAUGAUUAAUUGCAAUCAAAUACUAGUAUAUGAAUUUAUUUUUGAUAAAAUUUAUUACCUUUCGGAGUUGUUAUUUUGAUAAAACACAUGCACUAAUUUAUCGUUGAUUCAUCAAUUUCAGAGAUUUUUCUGUUUACUCGUUAGUUUGUUUCUUAAUGACCUUUGAUAGGCUUUAUAAUCUUUAAUUCUCCAGAAGAUGUCUGAAAAAUAUACUAUCACAUAUGUCGUGAUCUAGGGGUAGCUAGCUAAUUAAGGUGGUGCUACUUUUAGCAAAAUUUUUUUUUAUAUAUGAGAAAAAAUGAGAAAAAAUGAAAUUUAUGCGUUUUCAUCACUUUUCUUGAAAAAUGAAUUUCUUUUUACAUACUCUCAAACUGCGCCUGUGAGUGUGUUGUUUUUAUCAGAUCUUUUCUUUUUCUUUUAAAUCAGUCUUUUUAAAUGAUUAAAUAUUCAAUGCAUGAAGUAUGAACUGAUGUAAAGGCUUAUUGAAAGAAUUUGCCCUAUAUUUUAUUUAAUGUUAUAUGAUUUCAGGUUUUUUAUUUAUAUGAAAAUUAAUAUUGUAGAAAAGUUAAACUUGUACCUUUUUCUGGUGCGUUUUCCAAGUUUAGUCUCAAAUAUGUAAUGUUUUGGUUGACUUUCUAU